CAAAUGCCUAAUGGCUUUGCAAAGGAGGCACACCACCACUGCAAUAAGUGCAAUACAGCGGCUCCAAAGUAAAACGUUUUGGUUGUAUUUAUUUUAGCCAAACAUUUUUAACAGUUUGUAAGAACUAAGCUCAUAAUUAGCGUUAGUCAAUUAUGGCAAUAAGAUGGACGCAAGAAGUCGAUGGAGGCCCUCGAAGAGUAAAUCAUGCUGCGGUGGCAAUUCGGAAUCGUUUUAUUUUUAGCUUUGGAGGUUAUUGUACUGGAGAGGAAUAUAACCAAAUUGUCAAGAUAGAUGUGCACGUUUUCGAUACAGGUAAGGCUGUAUAAUUACAAUUUAUACAGCGGAGACAGCGCCUGAAAAUUGAUGACGAGUGUUGGCUAAGUGUUUUGCGGAACGUGUUGGUUUACAUCUUAAUAUUGAGGAGGGUCGAAAACGUACCGGAAAUGUAUUGUUUUCGGACUAUGCACGACAAAUAUUUGCAUAAAAUCACUGCUUUGUGUUUCCAGAGGUUUUAACAGGUUGUUGAUAAUUUUCAAGCAUACAUUCGUAUCCUAUUUAGGUAUUUAGAAUUUUCCUAAACGUCCAUUUUGACAUGUGAGAUGCACUUGAGCGAGCGUGUUUAUUUCGGAUUCGAAUGCUCUCAACUUAUUAGUUUGUGAUUAAUAAAUUAUGCCACCACAAGCAAGUGGGCAGAUUGUGUUAUUUUUGUUCUUAAAAGAAUAGCACACAGUAGGUAAGAUAAAACACCGCAAUUAUUCGAGGCAUAAAAAAUGUUCAGACUAGCUAUUUCAUUAAGUUGUUGGAACAUUUGUUAAUCUGUUUGUCACUAAACAUUUUUCUCGUGAGUGCAAUACUGGUCUUAUUACGGAUGUGAAUCAAAUCGUUUAUGCCAAAGCUGGAUAGUUUUUUACUUGCUCUAUUCACAGCUUUGUGUCUUUAAGUUCUUUUGAAAAGGUUAUUUUUGCUUGAAACAUUGAUUUUAUGAUGUGAAUCUUAGAAAAAACUUAAAUCAGUGAACUUUCAAUCAGAUUGUCCCAUGCAUCUCCAAAUUUGUCAUGCAUCAACAAAGUUAGUAACAGCAGCAUAUACCUGUAUAUAAAAAAUGUGCCAUUAUUAUUUACUGAUGGCAUUCUUUUGCUAAUCUCCACGUCUGAACUCAUUAGUGCUUUCUCUGAUUUACAAGUACUCAUAGUAAACAUAUACAUUCCCUUAAAUUUCUAAACAGUGCCAUGCCGAUGGAUGAAGAUCUCUGCUUCUUCUCCAGAAGGUCACGAGUCCACUCCAUACAUGAGAUAUGGUCACAGUGCGUCAGCUAUUGGGGACUUAGUUUAUAUAUUUGGUGGAAGGAAUGACACCUAUGGAGCCUGUAAUACUCUCUUCUGCUUUGACACAGGUGAUCCUUUUGACUGAGGGCCUGUUUACAUGGAGGUGGGGGACCCCAGAUAGGUGCGGUAACAUGUGGUGGGUCACACCACCUAUCAUGUUAACGUGAUCAAAGUAAAAUGAGGGAUUACAUGGACACGCAGGUUACCCCACUUCACCCUUUAAGUCCCAAUAGUGACCAACAGCAAUUUUCUCCCAACAAUGUCCAUACAUUGUCAAGAGAUAAGGUUGUGAGAAUAUAAAAAAAUGAUCAGGAAAGAGAAAAUGCCUUGAUUUCUAUUAAAUUCUCUCAGCUAAUUUUUAAAGGAAAUGUAUGGAGAUCAGUUUGGAGAAUUUGUAUGUGGAUAUUGGGGCUUAAAGGGUUAAGCAGGUUACCUCACCUACCUGGGCUCCCCCACCUCCAUGCAAACAGGCCCUAACUGUUAAACAGUACUAUGGUUCUAUGUCUAGUGGACUUAGGUUAUGUUCACACUAAAGCAAAUAGUUUUGCACUGCCACAAAAAUCAUAGCGGAAAGGGCUUGUGCUCACUCACAAGAACGAUUGUGGUGGCGCGAUUUCUGUGAUGGAACAAAGCUGCGCAGUGCUAAUCUCGAGAGUAGACGGUACAUAUUGGAUAGGUUUUGUGCCAUACUUUGGUACAGUGUGAACACAUAUCCGGCCCAUCACAGAAGUAAAUAAGAAGCAGUGAGGACUGGAACCCAUUUUGAUGGAAGUAAAUAACUAGGAAUGAGAACUGGAAUUUAGUGCACCAAAUGUCUUGGCCAAUGCAGCAGCGCGAUGUUCAAUGUGUGUGAAAGACUUGUACUGUAGUGCCCCUGAGCUGUUGCUGUUUUUAUUUUAACUAGAUAACUUUUUGUAAUGUCAUGAAAAGCUUAAAUGUGAACAGUGGUCCUGUUGCAUCACUCUGCAUGCCUGUGACAGUGGCGGCUGCUGACCAGCAUUGUUUCGCAUUUAACGUAGCUUAAAUAACAUUUAGCCACAUCAUAAGUUAUUGUUGUUUCUGUCGUACUCAGAAAACUGUGAGCACCUGAAAUAUUUCAGAAAUGUUUUAUUGUGUUGUGACCAAUCACAACAAAGAUCAGGGCAUGCGAGCAAGCCACAAAACAACAAACUUAUUGCUGUCAUNUUUAGCCACAUCAUAAGUUAUUGUUGUUUCUGUCGUACUCAGAAAACUGUGAGCACCUGAAAUAUUUCAGAAAUGUUUUAUUGUGUUGUGACCAAUCACAACAAAGAUCAGGGCAUGCGAGCAAGCCACAAAACAACAAACUUAUUGCUGUCAUUAAUUGCAGUUUAGCUUAAUUCUGACAACUGAUUGGCUUUUUCCUUGCAACUCAAUAAAAUGAGAGCAUGACCAAGCAGUUAGAGUAGUUAGGGCACUACAUUAAUUAUUUGUUAUUUAGAAGCCCCAACUUCAAGUUUCCAAGACUGCUAACUAGAUUUGUUCUUGGUAGUCUAGAGUUCAAAUCAUCGGCUACGCUUGUAAAAUCGCUGACUGGUUAACCUGGUACCAGUUUGAAAUGUUAACCAUGUUAUGUUCCAUUUAAAUUAUUUGUUUUAUUUAUCCCUGGAAAGCACCAUAAGGGAAGUGGAUAAUGAACUAUUUAAAUUUAUAUUUUUAAAGAUUCCAGAAAUAUCUCUGGUGUCCACGAUUUUCUGAGUUUCACAAUAAAGUUCUGUGACCUGUUUGUAGAAACUUGCAGCUGGUCCAGACCUAAAGUGAAUGGAAGACCUCCAGCUGCACGUGAUGGACAUACAGCUUGCGUUAUUGAUUCAAGGAUUUAUAUUUUUGGUGGUUACGAAGAAGAGGUAUGAUCCUGACCCUUUCUUGUCUACAUUUUUUGCAGCUGAUAGGGAAAUGUGUAGAUUUUAAGAGAUUUCUGUUAACUCUGCCUUAACUAAGACCUCUGGCUAUAAGAUUUACUAAUUUACUAAGGUGCACCAAUUUUUGGCAGGUUUACUCCAACAGCAUCAAUACUACACCGAUGUACGGGCCUGUAAGAGUCCAUCCCCCCAUGAAAGAUAGACCAUACCACCGGGGACUGGUUUUUUCCCCCGUUUUUUAUGAGCAAUGUGUGGGUUCUUUUAUUAAUGUCCUACAGAAUUCAAAUUUACAUGUGCAAGGGUUGUGAGACAGGUUUAUUGUCCUUAUCCAAGAGGCCAAAAGUCCCUGAUUGUUGGUCCAGCCAGGGUUUCAACCAGCCGCCUCCCCUUCGGCAGACUGGUGCUUAUCCAACUGAGGUAUUAACUGGGUGGCAGUAAAGAUGAACUCCUCCCUAAGAUGGUCACUCAGUGCUGUUCCCAACAGGGUUAGUUUUAGGGAGAACUGAAUCUCUACAUGAUACUAGAGCUGUGAGUUAACUGUAGUCCUUAAAGGGGGUGUGUUUCGACUGGCUACUUCAUGUUGUUUAUAAUGCUAGUUAUACUUAAUCCUUUAAAGUUAUAACUGUAUGACUCUAUUUUUUUAAGGGGGAGUGUUUCUCCAACACUGUGGAAUAUCUGGACACUCAAACAUUAACAUGGCAUGCACCCAGAGUAAUGGUAAGUUAAUUGUAAAAUCUUUCUAUUGUGGGUAAUUUAUUUGCAAGGAUAUCAGUACUUAACACCGUAAUCACUAUUAUCAGUAUUGUUAUGAAUAAAAUGACCACAGAUCUCUGUAGUGUUGUACAUGUAGAUAUGAUUUGAGUGGUUAGCAUCACGUUAGGUUUAAGACAAACAUAUCAAUGUAAUAUGGCUUACUGCAUAACUGUGUAAUGGAACCUUAAAUAUAACCUAGGUUAAAAAAAUCAAGCUAGGUUAUCAAAAUUAACCUGAAAUCAAAUUAGACCUGUAACAUAUAUUCAGGGCAAAAAUGAUGUACUGGUGUUUGUACAAAAUAACGUGAAUAACAAAAGCUUGAAUAAAUAUUGGAGAAAAUCUUUGUUUCUGUUCUUCAGGGUAAACCAGCCAAAUGGCGGGACUUUCACUCAGCAACUGCUGUUGGAACAAACAUGUACAUUUUUGGAGGAAGAGGUAAGAUUGUAUUCCUUGUUCAAUGUACUGUUUACAACUGAGUAUACAAUCACACACCCCUGUAAACCACCCACCUGUACCUAAAAUACAAAAAUCAGAAAUUGUUGUCAGAACCUCUUAGGAUGUAAGAUUUUGGCAGUUUGGGCGGUCAAUAUUAAUUCAGGGAAUGUUUCUUAUUUAUAGAGAUCACUGCUUUUUUUUGUUACAGGGGACAGAAGAGGGCAUGAACACAGUGGUGAAGAAGUUUAUUCCAAUUCUGUCAGAGUGUUUGACACAGGUGUGUUGGGUGUGCUGGUUCCGUGUUAUUAGCCAGUUCCUGGUACAAACUGUCUAACUUGGGCAACUGGAGAAAAAUCUGACUAGUAGGAAUUAAAUGGCACGACGCGUCUCUGAGCGGCACUUUUCCUUCUAGACAUAAUUUGUAUAGCCAACAAAAAAGAUUUACAUGUGCUUGUAAUGUCAUUGACACCCAGGGAAUAAAGACUUACAUGUAUGAGUAAUGAACCCAUCUGUAGAAGAAAAACUGCUCGGGGAACCAUUACACAGGAGAAGAUCCAGGAAUCAUCCAGCUGUGGUCUUUAUUGAUCAGUUACAAUCUAGAAUGAGACACUUGACGACACAGACUGCUUCCUCAUUCAGCACAUGUGGUAACGUUACACAAAUAAUUGUACAUUAUUUGUUUGAAACAUUGUAAUCUUGGUUUCGUCUUUGCAGUAAAAAACUGUUGGUUUAAACUGAAAACAUCUGGAGAGGUACCAGUUGGACGACGCAGUCACUCAGCAGGUUGGUUAAUUUAUAUAAAGUGGUUUCUUGGAAAAAAAUUUUAUGCCCUUCUGGAAAGCUGUUGAUGAAGUUUACUUGCCCAGAGCAGUGACACUGGCCCCAAACUGCAUUUUGCACUGACAUUCACUUAUCCCAGCAAAUGUUGCUUGCCUAUUGAACAACUUGUUAGUAAUUAAAACACGCUAGCCUUAUAGGGCAUGCCAUUAACCCAGAACUAUCACACAGCACUUUUAUCCUACCCUGCAAACUAAAUAAUAAUUUUUAUUUAUAUUUGUUUUAUUGUUUGUUUACAGUUGCCUAUGGCAAACACAUUUUUGUGUUUGGUGGUUACAAUGGACUUGAAAGGAAACAUCAUGGAGAGGUGUACAGUUUAGAUGCAGGUAUGAAUUCAGUGAAGCAAAUAUAGAUAAGAGUGCUUUUUUUUAGAAAAUCAGUGUUUCUUGACAUAUUUUGGAUAUUUAUACUACACUGUAGCUGAACAAAGAACAAAGGACGUUUGACCAAGGAAAGAUUUUUUAUCAUAUUUACUCACAUUCCUAUGCAAAGGUCAUCUGUCUGUUCGUGUGACUGGUUAUUAAAGAUCCAGCAGUGUUAUUUAUGAUGUUUAUUAUUAUUGUUAGUUUAUCAAGCACUUACCUUGAGAUACUUUCAUAAAUACAGUAUUAAUAGUAAAUUAUAUAAUAUAUUCUAUAGAAUAAUGUAUCAUUAGGAUAUCUGAUAUUCUCUGUGAAGAAGUUAUUCUAUUGACUGCAGGUGUACAACAGCAAUUAAAAGUCUUAAUCUGCAAUGAGGGACAAAUAUUGUUGUCCAGGGUGUGUUGUGUAACAUAGAAAUAUUUGACCUCCUCUCCACCAUCCUGUGAGUUGGUUUGCUUUUCAGACCCCACAGGCCACCUAACCAGCAGUGUAGCAUUACAUGAUGGAUCUUAGUGAAGGGGGGAAAAUGUUUUUUUGGGUUGGUGGGUUUCAAGAGUCGAUAAUAGUCGCCUCCCCCCCCCCACGGUGUGUGUGUGUUGUUUGUUUCGGCCCGCGCGGGCGGGCGAGACGCGGUGGGGGGCGGUAAAAGAGGGGGUGGGGGGGGGGGGGGGGGAGGGAAGGGAGUUACACUUUUGAUUACUUGGGGAGCCAAUGUGGCUUAGCGGUUAUAGCACUGGAUUUGUAAUCUGAAGGCUCUGAGUUCAAGUCGCUUCCUGACUGCUAGCUGGAUUUGUUGUCGGUAGUUCUGAGUUCAAAUCCUCAUCCAUGCUUGUAACAGAGCCAACUGGUUUGCCUCCCACCAGUCCAUGUCAUUUUCCAUUUGAAUAAUAUUAUUUCUUUCAUUAUCCCUGAUAAGCGCCAGGGGAGAGGAUAGUCAGUAUUUAACUUUUAGUUUACUUUGUGGCAAGUUUGAAUGAUUGUGAAAUAAUGAUUUCUCUUUUUUGCUGUUUUGUGUUAGAAACCAAAGUGUGGGUUAAGCGGAACGUCUCAGGCCAUGGUCCGUGUCCACGCCGAAGACACUGCUGUUGUCUCAUAGGAUCAAAGCUCAUGAUAUUUGGAGGCACAAGGUAAGAGUUUAGCCUGAUUAUCAUCAGUAACAUAAGGAAAGGGAUUGUACUCUUCAACACCCAACAUCAAUCACCUCCUCACUAUCAGGUGCCACCCCCCUUACAACCCCAUCACUGACCUGCAAUGCAUGAUGAGUUUGUGUUUUUACAAUUCACGGCCUUUUGUAGGUUGAAAAUUAAACUUAAGUAGGCCAUAAUAUUUGUUUUCAAUUCGUGGUUAAUGCUUUAAUUCCAUAUUACCCGUCUCAGUUUUUGUCCACUGCAAAAUCAUACACAUACAGCUGUAGUAUGAAAUGAUGGAUGGCCCCAGAGAGGAUUUGCUUGGUUUUAAUAAAAUGAGUGAAGCGCUUGUGAGCACUUUAAUACAAAAUUCUUUGUUGAGCCUCGUUUUCUUACUGUUGCUUGUAUUCAUAGAAUGGCCUAAACACUUUUAUGUGGAACACUUGUUAGCUUAAAAAAGAGAGAAGAGAACGCUAUGUUGUCAGUGGCUUAUGGUACAACUACAGCUCAAGUACUGUUUAUUGUUACUAUGUUGCAACAUAUAAAUAAUGCGGUUUUUGUUUAUGGCGAUUUAUUUUACUGGUUUUGUUUAUAUUAUAGUCCUGUUUCUGGAGCUCCAAUUGACGAUGAGUACAAUCUUCAAGAUCACUCAGAUCUCUACAUCCUAGAUCUUGGUAAGCAAGGGUUUAAUCUUAAUAAAUUAUGAUUUUUUGCUAAAGCUGGGUUUGAAUACACUGAAAAAGAGUUAUUGAGAUUUUAGGCUGGUUUGGUCUCAAGAUUGGAUCAAAAUAGUGUAUUAAUCUCAAAUAAUAUUGUAGUUGGCCACAGACGAAAAUACCAUAAUAUUCUUUAAACUGUUGUUUGGAUGGUGCUUCAUGUAAACCUUAUAUUUUCGUGAUGGUUUAUUCUUUGUAUGAGCUGCAACUGCAGCAUACGCCUUUUGACAAGAAGCUGAUGCAUUGCACAUGCGAACUAUGCGAAGAACAAAAUAACGUUAUUGCAAACGUGGCUUUGCAUGAAGCACCAUCCGAAUGGAAUUUUCAAUUAAAUGAUAUUAUGGUAUUUUACAUCUUAGCCAAUUUGUAGCAGUGCCAAGUAAUUUACCAUGCCUUUGAUAUCUCAAGUUGACAGAACUAUUAAGCGUGGAUCAUUUUCCAACAAUUUCUGAUGAUUUACAAUUAUGAACUUUUAAGUUGACCAAAAAUUAAUGUUUCCAUCAUAAAAGAAGUGUGAAGAUGUUUGAGUGUUUUUGAAACUGACUCAAAGACUUCUGAUGAUUGCUAGAAUGUAACUGAAGAGCACAAGAUCAUGCUCACAGUAUGUUUCCUAACUGCUGACAGCUACGAAAGUGGAUACGUAAAGUUAUGUUGUUGUUGUUGUUGUUAGUGUUAGUGUUAUUUGGAAUAAAAUAGGGGUUUUAAAGGUAAAUGCUGAUGUCUUUUCUUAUCCCAUUUUGCCAGCUGUUGUAAAUACAUCUAAACAUAGCAUGUUCUUCUUCACAGAGCCAUCUCUUCGAACAUUGUGCAAACUUGCUGUUAUUCAGUACAGACUAGAUCAGACACCAUUACCUAAAGUGCUCAAGUAA